UAAAGCCAAUCCUGCCUGGGAUACAGAGGAGAGCUCAGCCACACUGGACUGGAGCCAGCCUCUGGUCAAAGUGGAGGACGAUGGACUCCAGCUGGACUGGGGAGAUGAUAAGAACGAUGAAGAUGAUACUGAUGGGGGUCUGACAAUGAAGAAGACUGAUGUGGAGACCAAAGCUGACGAGGGGUCUGGGGGGGUGAGACCACCUGGGCUGCAGAAAGAGGACUCUCAGGGUGAGUCUGAGGUGGACGUGAUCGCAGAGCAGCUGAAGUUCAGAGCGUGUCUGAAGAUACUGAUGACAGAGCUCAGGACGUUAGCUACGGGCUAUGAGGUGGACGGAGGGAAGCUGCGCUUUCAGCUUUACAGCUGGUUAGAGAAGGAGAUAGGGGCCAUGCACCGCAUCUGCAACUACAAGCAAUGA